AUGUCGUUUUAUCGUUAUUUAUCAACAGUAGUUAAAACGACUAAUACCAAUAUUCAAACAUCGGUUCCUUCUGGAAUAGUUAAACAAUUAUCAAAAUAUUCUUCUCAUAAAGAACUUAUUGAAUAUUCUCAACGACCUAUUCAAUAUUGUUAUCCAAAUCGUAUGAUCGAAGCUUGUUCACAACAUCAUUCAGAACCCAUAGAUCUAAUAAAAACUGCAUCAGAUUUUCAUGAUCAAUUAUUAGUACGUUUAGCACAUUGUUUAAAUUCUUUUCAAUCAAUUCCAUUUUUACCUGGUGUUAAUCCAACAUUAUUAUCUUUACAUGAACGUUAUUUAAAAUCUUUUGAAAAUUUAAUUCAAUUUCCUAAAAUAAAAACAAUGAAAGAUGAAGAAAAGUUUUUUCAAUUAAUCAAUAAAUUUGUUAUACAAAAUAAUGAUGUUAUUGGAUUAUUAUCAACUGGUUGUAAUGAAGCACAAAAACAUUUUAAAUCAUAUAAAAUCUUAAAAGAUUUUCUUGAUAAUGUUUUACAUAUACGUCUUGCAAUGCGUUUACUUGCUGAACAUUAUCUUGAAUUACAUAAACAACAACAACAAAAUAAUCCAAAUAAAUCCGAUUGGUAUGGUGCUAUUUCAAUGAAAUUUUUACCUGUAAAAACUGUACAACAAUGUAUUGAUGAUGUUUCUUCAAUAUGUUUUGAAACUUAUACAGUUGUACCACAUGUUCAAAUAGAAAAUAAUAUACAUGAACCUAUACCAUUUUUUCCAAGCAUUGUAGAAUAUAUUUUACGUGAAUUAUUAAAAAAUUCUAUGCGUGCCAUUGUUGAAUAUAAUAAAACAUCAUUAGGUAAUAUACAAAAUGUAAAAAAAUAUUUUGAAGAUAAUCGUGAUCAACCAUUAUGUAAAGUUGUUAUUUCAUCUGAUCCUAUUGAUGAAGUUUUUACAAUUGCUGUUAAAGAUCAUGGUGGUGGUAUAACUGCAAGUGAUGAUCAAAUAUUUCAAUAUAUGUUUACUGGUAAUAUAAUGAAAGGUCCUGGAGAAAACAAAGAAGAAGAAGAAGAAAUUGAUAUUUUAUCAGAUUAUCAAGAACGAAUGGUACAAUCAUCGAAGCAAAUGUUUGGUUAUGGAUUUGGUCUUCCUAUUUGUCGUCUUUAUGCGAAAUUUUUUGCUGGUUCUUUAACUGUUCAACAAAUAUCGCGUAUUGGUACUGAUGCUUAUCUUCGUCUAGGUUUUAUACAUACGAAGUCUGAACGUAUCAAGAUUUAA